AGAAAAGUUGAAUAAUAAUUUUCAUACAUGUAGUUAUAUAUGCAUGCACCUAUUGACGUACAUGUAAAUCAAAACUUGCUACUAAUUCUGUAAUCUCUUUGUCAAGAUGAUCACCGGAGUUAUAAUUCCAAGAAAUCUUAGGAAAACGAUAAAUGAUAUAAAGGAGAUCGCAGCAGGCAAGCAUACCGAUGAAGACAUUUACGCAAUGCUCAAAGAAUGUAAUAUGGAUCCAAAUGACACCGCUCAAAAGCUUUUAUAUCUCGAUACUUUUCAUGAGGUCAAAAGGAAACGAGACAGAAACAAAGCAAAAGCCAGCAGCCGAACUUCUGAGGAUUACAGGUGGAUGUCAGGCAUGCAGCAGAGAGGGGCUAGGGAAUGCCGUGAGAGAAUUUCUGCAAAUUACGUCACUGAUGAUGCCAGUGGCAGAAGAUACAUUAAGAAAGAAAAUGGAGUCAAUAGUUCGAAGGAUAGAAGAUCUAAGACCUCCAUACCAGUUGCACGUAAAACAGAAGAUGCUAAUAUACAUCGUAACAAGGAAUCUGCUGUUGAGGUAUCUGCAGACGAUCCUAGUCAUGUCAGCAGAGUUACUUCAUUUGUUAAUGUAAAUAAGCUGGCAAAAGUUUCAACUCUACCUCAUAGUUUAAUAAACCAUAAUCUAAACUUGGAUCCUGGCCCCACUCCUACCCCCACCCCCACCUUUGCACCUGGAACUAGAUUUAAUGAUAAAACUGUCAUAUCAAGACCCAAUGAGCUUGUAACAAGCACAACUUCAGCAUCAGUUUCUGGUGUCUACUCUUCUGCAUCAGAUCCUGUACUAGUGCCAGCCUUGAACCCCCGAAAUCCAGGAACAGUUGGUACAAUAAAACGUGAGAUAGGUAGCCAGCGUACUGCUACUGACUCCACUGUGUCUCCUGUGAAUGAGGGGAGAUCGGAUGCUUGCCAAGGUGCUCCCCAGAGUACUCGUGCAAUCAUUAGAACUGUCAACUACAAAAACACAACUGGUCCAAAAGAAUCCCAGGGAGUUUCAGCCACUGCUAAAAAACCAGUUGCAAUUAAUCAUGAAAGUCAGCAUUCCAAACAAGUUAAAGGACAUUCAGAAGCUGUUGCAAAGGGAGCCCAUUUACCAUCACUUUCUAAACUAAAUUCUUCCGUGGAACAAGCAGUCCCACAGCUUGACAUGAAGUCAGAGAAGUUAAAUAUCUCUGCCCGUCGUCAGCCUGUUAUUUUUCCGAAUCAUCUUCAAGUACCUGAAUCUUUUAGGAGCGGAUUGACUUUCGGUAGUUUGGAUCCUCAAUUGGAUCCAAGCAUAAGCUGUGGCAAAGAUUCGAAGCCUGUGGAGACUGUUCCAGCUAAUGAUAGUACUUCCAUGGAACCUAGGAGCUGCCAAGAUGCAUCUUCAGCAGCUCAGGGAGGUGAUUAUCCCGACAAUCUGCGGUCACACCAGCAUGGAUCUGAAAAUAUAUCACCUUUUGAAGUAUCUGGUGCUUCUUCUGUGUAUGAUCCGUCAAAGCUGGAGAAAUGUCCACCUUCCGCAGCCUCACAAUUGCCACUUCUGCAGAGUCCUCCUGAUUAUAGCUUGGGUUUUGUACCGCCCAUGCUAGGUCCCCAACUUGUGUGUAUUGAGGGAACAGAACAGCAGGGUGGGAAUUCUCAAGCUCCUUUGACAUUGGGCUCUAAUCCCCCUGUGGCUCAACCCAUAGGCCUUGGGCAGAGUUCUGUCAGCGUGCCUCCGCACUUGUUUCCUUUAGUCCGCCAACCAUUUCCUCCUAAUUAUAUUCCAUAUAACCCUUAUAUUCCCCACCUUUACAUGCCACAGAGUGCUCACCAGUUUUUGGGCCCGGGUGGCUUCCCUCAGCAACCUUCUGCUACCAACUUUUAUAUGUCACCAUCAGUUACUGCUGCUGGUGUUAAAUUACCUCUUCCAUCUCUGUACAAACCAGCUGCUAUUGCUGGAAACUUGAACCACUUUGGCGUUCCUACUGGCUACAGUUCAUAUGGGUCCUCAACCGUCUCAUACAAUGGAACUCCAGCUCCUGUUUGUUCUGCUAGCAAUGAGAAUCUCACUGCAUCUGAGCUGAAAGAAAAGAAUGUCUACUCCAUGCCAAAGCAGAAUGAAGAUUCCCAUUCCAGAAACUCUGCACCUGGACGUGAUCCAUCAAUGCUUCAGACUAAUUAUUUUUACAAGAUUCCUCAGGACCAGCACGUUGCUGUUGCGCCAGCAUAUUCUGCCAAUACCUCUUAUCCUGGAAUUAAUCCAUCUCAGACAAUAGCUGCACAAUCUAAUGUUCAACCACUAGCCCAACCUCAAACUGUUAACAGAUCAGGUGAUCCCAGCCUUCCUACAUCUGGUGCUUGUCAACAACCUCAAGCUAAUAUUCAUUGGAACAACAAAUUGCUGAAUAGAGAAAACAUCUAAGAAUAAAACAACGACAACAGCAUUCCCAGUAUAGUCCCACAAGUGGGGUCCGGGGAGGGUAGGAUGCACGCAAACCUUACCCCUACCUUUAUGAGGUAGAGAGGUUGUUUCCGGGAAGCGUCUAAGAAUAAAGACCACAAAUAUGCAGUAUAGACAUCACUAUAGAUCAAACUCGUCCCCUUCCAAAUGUAUAUAAGGUGUGGCUAGAAACUAGGCACUCUCAGUGAGAUUAUGCUGGAAUGUUGAGUUCUCAACCUUUGAUUCUAAGGUAAGAGUUUCUUGCUUUUGAUAGUUAGCAGUUAGCUUUCCUCAAUUCCCUGUUCUUUUUGAGGCUGGAGAAGUUUUGAUGUUUGAGUGGAGUGGAUAAAUAUAUCAAUUGUUUCCAUUGCCCCUUCUAGCUUGUAAUCAAAUUUUGACAGCUAAAAGUUACUAUUACACAUUCAAGGGCUUGUUUGCCCCUUGGUCACACCAUAAAGAUAAC